GCCGCGGGGUGCCGAGGACUUUGCAACUUGCCCGGGAAGGUGGAGGGGCGAGAGGGGGAGGGGGAGCUCCGCACGAGACCGAGCGGCCCGGGUUGGAGCGCCCAGCCCCGCAGCGGAUCAUGGUGCAGCAGGCCGAGAGCUUGGAAGCGGAGAGCAACCUGCCCCGGGAGGCGCUGGACACGGAGGAGGGCGAAUUCAUGGCUUGCAGCCCGGUGGCCCUGGACGAGAGCGACCCGGACUGGUGCAAGACGGCGUCGGGCCACAUUAAGAGGCCGAUGAACGCGUUCAUGGUGUGGUCCAAGAUCGAGCGCAGGAAGAUCAUGGAGCAGUCUCCGGACAUGCAUAACGCCGAGAUCUCCAAGAGGCUGGGCAAGCGGUGGAAAAUGCUGAAGGACAGCGAGAAGAUCCCGUUCAUCCGGGAGGCGGAGCGGCUGCGGCUCAAGCACAUGGCCGACUAUCCCGACUACAAGUACCGGCCCCGGAAAAAGCCCAAAAUGGACCCCUCGGCCAAGCCCAGCGCGGGCCAGAGCCCGGAGAAGAGCGCGGCGGGCGGCGGCGGCGGCGGGGGCGCGGGCGGCGGCGCGGGCGGCGCCAAGACCUCCAAGGGCUCGAGCAAGAAAUGCGGCAAGCUCAAGGCCCCCGCGGCCCCCGCGGCCGGCGGCGCCAAGGCCGGCGCGGGCAAAGCGGCCCAGCCCGGGGACUACGGCGGCGCGGGGGACGACUACGUGCUCGGCAGCCUGCGCGUGAGCGGCGCGGGCGGCGGCGGCGGCGGCGCGGGCAAGACGGUCAAGUGCGUGUUCCUGGACGAGGACGACGAGGACGACGAGGACGACGACGAGCUGCAGCUGCGGAUCAAGCAGGAGGCGGACGAGGAGGACGAGGAGCCGCCGCACCCGCAGCUCCUGCAGCCGCCUGGGCAGCAGCCGCCGCAGCUGCUGAGACGCUACAACGUCGCCAAAGUGCCCGCCAGCCCCACGCUGAGCAGCUCGGCCGAGUCCCCCGAGGGCGCGAGCCUCUACGACGAGGUGCGGGCCGGCGCCACCUCGGGCGCGGGGGGCGGCAGCCGCCUCUACUACAGCUUCAAGAACAUCACCAAGCAGCACCCGCCGCCGCUGGCGCAGCCCGCGCUGUCGCCCGCGUCCUCGCGCUCCGUCUCCACCUCCUCGUCCUCCUCGUCCAGCAGCAGCAGCGGCGGCAGCAGCAGCAGUGGCGAGGACGCCGACGACCUGAUGUUCGACCUGAGCUUGAAUUUCUCCCAAAGCGCGCACAGCUCCAGCGAGCAGCAGCUGGGGGGCGGCGCGGCGGCCGGGAACCUGUCCCUGUCUCUGGUGGAUAAGGAUUUGGAUUCGUUCAGCGAGGGCAGCCUGGGCUCCCACUUCGAGUUCCCCGACUACUGCACGCCUGAGCUGAGCGAGAUGAUCGCGGGGGACUGGCUGGAGGCGAACUUCUCCGACCUGGUGUUCACGUAUUGAGAGGGGCGCCCGGCUUCUCGCUCUUUCUCUCAGCGGGUGCAGAGCAGGGUUCCUUGGGAGGAAGUCGUGGUGGUCGUGAUGAUGGUGGUGGUGGUGGUGGUGGUGGUGGUGGUGGUGUCGAUGGUGGUGGUGGUAGGGUGGAGGGGAGAGAAGAAGAUGCUGAUAUUGAUAUGAUGUCGUGACAAAGAAAUUGGAAAAGAUGAAAAUGUUGGUGGAGUUAAAGUGAAAUGAGUAGUUUUUAAACAUUUUCCCUGUCCUUUUUUUGCCCCCCCCUUCCUUUAUCGUGUCUCAAGGUAGUUGCAUACCUAGUCUGGAGUUGUGAUUC